AUGCAGAAACUGGCAGUAUCAGAUCAUUGCUCUGCCGUGUCUGCAUGCACAAUAAGUGUGCAUUUCCACUGCCGAAACACUAUCAUACUGUCAACUAUUUCAUUGCCAGAAAAAGAAAACAAUAUAUCGUGCAUCUUAUAUAUCAGAAGUGACACGCCAACCAAACUUAAAACAUCAUGGACGAGCCACCGGGACGCUCAAAUCGAGACUCCAGGCGGCAUAGACUGGAGACACCGAGUCGAGAGGAUCGCUCACGAAGUCGGAGCGGCCAAAGUGUGCGCAGCCGAGACGGACAAGAUUUCCACUUGGGCCGUCAGAGAGUACAGAUGUUGGAGCAAGAGUUACGCCGAGAGCGUGAACGACUUCGUGCGACGGACAACCGCCGUCGAUCGACGUCACGGCGUGGAAGCGAGCGUCGGGAGUCCUCCGAACGUCGGGAAGCCGGGUGCCGUGCGGAGCUACGUAGUAUCGAGCGCCGCGAGCCCUCCGGACGUCGGGAAGCCGAGUGCCGUGUGGAGCUACGUGUCAGCGAGCACCGCGAGCCCUCUGGACGUCGGGAAGCUGAGCGUCGUGCUGAGCUACGUGUCAGCGAGCGUCGCAAGCCCUCUGGACGUCGGGAUGCCGAGCGUCGGACAGAUCUACGUGUCGGCGAGCAUUGCGGAGAGCUUCGUGACAGCGAGCGUCGCGAGCCGUCCGGACGUCGGGCAGAGCUUCGUGUCAGCGAGCAUCACGAGCCCUCCGUUCAUCGGGAAGCCGAGCGUCGGGCAGAGCUACGUGUCGGCAAGCAUCACGAGCCCUCCGUUCAUCAGGAAGCUGAGCGCCGGGCAGAGCAACGGGUCGACCAACAUAUCAAUGCAGGAGAAAAUAUGAGGUCACGUAGUUCAUCUUUUUCUAAGAACGAUUUUCUUAAUUUUUUAAAAUUGCUUAAGGAGGAUCUGUCGUCACAGCCAUAUAAACAAAAUGCACAGUCGUCACAAAAGAUAGACCACCAAAAUAUAUUGCCUAAUUUUGAUCCAUCAACUAAAAAUCAACGUGUUGAUAUAUGGCUUAAAAAGGUCAAUGAAUGUGCAUCCGUAUAUGGUUGGGACGAUAGAACUACCACUCACUUUGCCAUGCAGAAACUCCAAGGACUGGCUAAAAUUUGGUACGAAAGUUUGAAUUCCAUUCUCUUUAGCUGGAACGAAUGGCAGGAUAAAUUGAUAAAUGCAUUUCCUUGUGAACAAAAUUACGGCCAGACCUUGGAGGAUAUGCUAAAAAGAAAAAGUAAGUUUAAUGAGCCUAUUGAGGUUUAUUAUUACGAAAAGCUUGCUCUAGUAACUCAAUGCGAUAUAGUAGGAAAGCGUGCCGUGGACUGCGUUAUUCACGGCUUGUCAGAUAGGACGCUUAGAUCAGGUGCCUUAGCAUUACGUUGCAGUCACCCUGAUCAACUUUUGCAGUUCUUAAUAAGCAAUAAAGAUACUCAUCAGCCUUCCGCGGAUCGUGGUCAAUUUCGUAAUAAACUUUUAGAUAAUACAUAUCAGAGUUAUAAUCAGAACCAAGCACAUAAGGUUAUAGUUAGAUCGGUUCAACCCAUAGGUUGCUAUAAUUGUAAGGAGAAAGGCCAUAGUUUUCUACAUUGUCCUAAACCUAUCUUAAAGUGCCAACGAUGCAAUAAAAUCGGUCAUACGUUAGAUACCUGUUUUAGCAAGUCAGGGGAAAAGCCGACAAAUACUAACGCUACAGUUUCAAAAACAAUGCGCAUAGAUUCUGUCGAACACUGCACUCAAGGCUCAAACUCCAAAUUUAUAAAAGAGGUUAUUGUUAAUGGGGUGUCCCUACAGGGAUUCAUAGAUUUUGGAAGUGAGGUUACUUUGAUUAAGGAGUCAGUAACCGAGG